CUGUCGUGACCCGGUGCUCUGUGUGGAGUUUUGACGUGGCACUCCGGUUUUCUCCGAGAAGAAGAGGACCACUCUGCUGUUCAGGUAAAUAACCCUUCACCAGGACCGGUGACGCCUUUACAAGACAACUCAACGAUCGUUUCCCCCUCAGCUCGGUGGACGUUCCAGAUUGGUAUGAGCAGACAUUGACGAGCGUCGGGUCAGAAUGAGCCAACAGGGUUACGUAGCCGCUCCGCCGUACUCCCAGGCCCAGCCGGGGGGCUACCAAGGUGGAUUCGGGGCCGGCCCAGCCCAGCCCCUCUAUGGACAUUAUGGAGGGCCGCCUCAGGCAUUUAACGCUCCACCGGCAGCAGGUGGGAUGAAAUCACCGGCGUCCUCGCCUGCAGGGAUGCCACCGCCUUCUGGACCCAGUCAGUACAGUCCAAAUGUGCAGCAGAAUGGCGCUCAUCCACAGAGGUAUGCCUCUCCAUCAGUGGCGUCCCCCACUUACGGUCAGCCUUCACACUCUGUGUACAACAGCAUGGCCUCACCGGCCCCCCCACCAACGCAGCAGCUCACCAAUCAGAUGAGUGCGAUGAACCUGGGCAGCUAUGGUGCCGUGCAGAGCCCCCCUCCUCAUCCAGCAGCGUCUGCCCAUCCUGGCCGACAGUCAACACACAUGUCCCCUCAAAUGGCUCCACCACAGUCGCCCCUUAUAAACAUGCAGGCAUCAGGACAGCCAAUGGGGGGACAGUCGAUGGCGGGUCCGCCAAUGGGGGGACAGUCGAUGGCGGGUCCGCCUAUGGGGGGACAGUCGAUGGCGGGUCCGCCUAUGGGGGGACAGUCGAUGGGGGGACAGUUGAUGGCAGGUCCUCCAAUGGGGGGACAGUCGAUGGCGGGUCCGCCAAUGGGGGGACAGUCGAUGGGGGGACAGUUGAUGGCAGGUCCUCCAAUGGGGGGACAGUCGAUGGCGGGUCCGCCAAUGGGGGGUCAGUCGAUGGCAGGUCCGCCAAUGGGGGGACAGUCGAUGGCGGGUCCCCAACUACCCUCAGGACCAGGAACUUUCCAGCAGCAUGGUGUUGGACCCACUGGUCCAGCAAAUUACCCACAGCAAGGAGGUCAGUUUGGGGGACUCAUGUCUGGCCCCCAGCCAGGCAUGCCGGGGGGCUUUCCUGGAGCACCAGGACCACUUGCUGGUCCCCCUCAGAAGAAACUGGACCCUGAUUCUAUCCCGAGCAUAACCCAGGUUAUUGAGGAUGACAAAGCCAGGCUGGGGGGGCAGGUGUUCAGCACAAACAUCAGAGGACAGGUGCCACCCCUCGUCACCACUGACUUCACAGUUCAGGAUCAAGGGAAUGCCAGUCCCAGGUUUAUACGCUGCACCACCUACUCGCUCCCCUGCACCGCCGAGCUGGCCAAACAAUGCCAAGUGCCUCUCGCUUCCAUCGUUAAACCAUUUGCCAAGUUGCCCAAAAAUGAGGCUCCCCUGUAUGUUGUGAACCACGGCGAGACGGGCCCGAUCCGCUGCAAUCGAUGCAAGGCCUACAUGUGCCCGUACAUGCAGUUCAUCGACGGCGGCCGUCGCUACCAGUGCACCUUCUGCAACUGUGUCAACGAAGUGCCGGCCUUCUACUUCCAACACCUGGACCACGUGGGCCGUAGGGUGGACUUCUACGAGAGGCCCGAGCUUUCCCUGGGAUCCUAUGAGUUUGUUGCCACGCUUGAUUAUUGCAAGAACAACAAGCCUCCCAGUCCUCCAGCCUACGUCUUCAUGAUCGACGUGUCCUACACCAACAUAAAGAGCGGCCUGGUCAAGCUGAUAUGCGACGAGCUCAAGACCCUGCUGGAGAAGCUGCCCAGGGAGGACGGAGCGGAGACGUCUGCCGUCAAAGUGGGCUUCGUCACCUACAACAAGGUGCUUCACUUCUACAACGUGAAGAGCGCCCUGGCCCAGCCGCAGAUGAUGGUGGUGUCGGACACGGCCGAGAUGUUCGUCCCGCUGCUCGACGGCUUCCUCGUCGAUUACCAGGAGUCCAGGGCCGUCAUCUACAACCUCCUGGAUCAGAUCCCAGACAUGUUUGCAGACACCAACGAGAGCGAAACGGUCUUUGCCCCCGUCAUCCAGGCUGGAGUGGAGGCGUUUAAGGCAGCGGAGUGCAGCGGGAAGCUCUUCAUCUUCCACUCGUCCAUGCCCACUGCCGAGGCUCCUGGGAAGCUGAAGAACAGAGACGACAAAAAGCUGGUCAACACCGACAAGGAGAAAAUCCUGUUCCAGCCUCAGAAAGGAGUGUAUGAGCAGCUGUCUAAAGACUGCGUGGCACAGGGAUGCUGCGUCGACCUCUUCCUCUUCCCCAGCCAGUACCUGGACCUGGCAACCAUGGCCGACGUGCCUUCACACACCGGAGGCUCCGUCUACAAGUACAACAACUUCCAGGUGGAGACAGACGGGGAGCACUUCCUCAGAGACCUGAGGAAGGACGUGCAGAAGAGCCUCGGGUUUGAUGCCGUGAUGAGAGUCCGUACCAGCACAGGCUUCAGGGCUACGGACUUCUUCGGAGGCAUUUUCAUGAACAACACCACAGACGUGGAGAUGGCAGCGGUGGACUGCGACAAGGCCGUGACGGUGGAGUUCAAGCACGACGACACGCUCAGCGAGGAGACGGGGGCUCUCAUGCAGUGCGCCCUGCUGUACACCACCAUCGGCGGGCAGCGACGCCUCCGCAUCCACAACCUCAGCCUGAACUGCACCUCGCAGCUGUCCGAGAUGUACAAGUGCUGCGAGACCGACUCCCUCAUCAACUUCUUUGCCAAAUCAGCUUACCGGGCCAUCCUGAACCAGCCUGUGAAGAACGUGAGGGACAUCCUGGUCAACCAGACGGCCCACAUGCUGGCCUGCUACAGGAAGAACUGCGCCACGCCCUCGGCUGCCAGCCAGCUGAUCCUGCCCGACUCCAUGAAAGUGUUCCCCGUCUACAUGAACAGCCUGAUCAAGACUGCGCCUCUGGUGGGCAGCGCCGAGCUCUCCACAGACGACAGGGCCCACCAGCGGCUGUCGGUGAUGGCCAUGGGAGUGGAGGACACCCAGCUGCAGCUCUACCCCCGCCUCAUCCCGCUGCACAACGUGGACGUCGGCAGCGAGGCGGUGCCCGCUCCGCUCCGCUGCUCCGAGGAACGCCUCACAGACUCCGGCACGUUCCUGCUGGAGAACGGCCACUCCAUCUUCCUGUGGCUGGGCCAGUCCAGCCCGCCGGAUCUGAUCCAGAACCUCUUCAACGUUCCCUCCCUCGCCCACCUGCAGCCGGGACACAUGUUCGCCUUGCCAGAGCUGGACAACCCGCUGUCCAAGAAGGUCCGGUCCAUCAUCGGCGAGCUGCUCGAGAAGAGGCCCAACUCCAUGAAG